AUGAUCUCUGCAAUCAUUCUAUACAACCAGAAGGGCGAGGUGCUCAUAUCCCGACUGUACCGAGAAGGGCUCCGGCGAAGCGUGUCUGAUCUGUUCCGGAUCCAGGUCAUAUCAAAUUCCGAUGUACGAUCUCCUGUACUGACGCUAGGAACCACGACUUUCUGCCAUGUGAAGCACGAGAAUCUCUACGUUGUAGCGAUAUCCCGACAGAACGCCGACAUUGCGCUUGUGUUCGAAUUCCUCUACAAGAUUGUCACCCUCGGCCGGUCAUAUUUCGGCAAAUUCGACGAAGAGGCCGUGAAGAACAACUUCACUCUGAUUUACGAGCUGCUGGAUGAGAUUAUGGAUUUUGGAUAUCCGCAAAACACAGAGACCGACACUCUGAAGAUGUAUAUUAUGACCGAGGGCGUGCGAUCAGAAACGCGGAUGGAGGAGUCAUCGAAGAUUACAAUGCAGGCUACAGGUGCUCUCUCAUGGCGACGGGAUAAUAUCAAGUACCGCCGCAAUGAGGUGUUUGUGGAUGUCUUUGAGGACGUCAAUCUCUUGAUGAGCGCGACCGGAAGCGUACUCCGUGCCGAUGUCACCGGCCAAAUCAUCCUUCGUGCUUAUCUUUCCGGAACACCAGAGUGCAAGUUUGGUCUCAACGACAGUUUAUUAAUCGAUCCCUCUGAAGAUUUUCACUCUACAAAAAUGUCAAAAGCAGCAGCGGGCUCAGUCUCUCUCGAAGACUGCCAAUUCCACCAAUGCGUACGCCUAGGCCGCUUCGACGCCGAUCGUACAAUCAGCUUCAUCCCUCCCGACGGUGAAUUCGAGCUGAUGCGCUACCGCGCGACCGAAAACAUCAAUCUGCCGUUCAAAGUCCACGUACUGGUCAACGAAGUCGGGAAAUCCCGCGUCGAAUACAAGAUCGCGGUGAAGGCUACGUUUGGCUCGAAACUCUUCGCGACGGGCGUGGUCAUCAAGAUCCCGACGCCGCUCAAUACAGCUUCGGUAUCGACACACGCGUCGCAAGGUAAGGCCAAGUACGAGCCGUCGGAUAACGCGAUCCACUGGCGGAUAGCGCGGUUCCCUGGAGACUCGGAGUUUGUCUUUUCGGCAGAGGCGGAGCUGCUUUCGUCAAUGACCAAGAACAAGGCUUGGUCGCGGCCACCGGUGGCGAUGCAGUUUAAUCUGAUGAUGUUUACGAGCUCUGGUUUACUUGUUCGGUACCUCAAGGUAUUUGAAAAGUCGAACUACACCUCGGUGAAAUGGGUCAGAUAUGUAGUGAGAGCAGGAAACUAUGAGAUUCGCUUCUAG